AUGGAGCACCAAGUGCCCAUGGUACUGUGGGACUACAAGCCCUUUGCUCGUGGAGCUUGGUCCUGGAUUGAAUUGCGCCAGUCUACAACUUGGCUAACGACAGAGGUCAUGAAGUGGAAUGAAUCCACAAAGGCCUGGGAGUUGAGUUGGUCGAAUGACCCAUGGCAGGGUUUGGGCCCACCGGCCCAGACGAUGCCACCAGCAAUAGCUGACUGCGCGGAUAAACUCUACUGCAAAAGCUGCUUCAAUUCAUGGGGUUGGUACAUGAAGUCGGGCGCCAAUGUUUUCAGAUUGGCCGCAGACUGUGAUCGGCUGGCCCGCGAGUUGAAGGUGACGAUUGUGCAGCACAAAAAUGGAAAUCCAUUUCAGUGCAGCAUUUGUUCGAAGUGCUUCAACAAGAAAGCGUUGAAACAGCACUUAGAGUCGCACAAGACAUCUCAGUCGAGUCAGUCUGGCUGCACGACGGAGAUGUCAUGCCAGACUGACAUGUCCUGGGUUGCAUCAGAGGAUGACUUCCAUAGCGACUUUUGCUGGGAGUUCGCGGUCCAGCAGAACUGGAAUGGUGACCUCCAGUGGCAAGCUUUCCUUCAGGAGGUUCAAGAGGAGCUGGAAGAGAGCUACUGCGAUUUCUUGGAGUCGGGCGGCCAACAGACAGUCCGAAUCACCACCAAUGGUAUGGCUUACGACGUGAAUUUCGACUCCAUGACACAGCAGAACGUGAAGACUUCAAAGGUACGUUCAAUCCGACGAGUGCUAAAGCCAAAUGAAGCUGUGUUUCCGAUCUUGCAAGAAAAAGAGCUUCUUCUGAGUGAAUAUUCAGAGAGGAAUGCAUCGCUGACGAAAGAGGUCAUCGAAUUAAAGGAAGAAGUGGAAAGGCUGAAAACUUUAGCCAACGCCGCGAAGAACGAACAUGUGACCAAGAUGAGUGUCAUGGAAUCCUGGCGCAUGGAAAAGCAGCAGUCCCUUAGCAUCCGGCAGCCAAUUCCAAGUGGAGAUCCUGUGCAUUCCCAAAUUCAGAAUCUCUUGCGUCAAGCGUGUCCCCAGAGUCACUAUGCUGGCUGCCUGGCAGCCCGUCAAUUGGAGGUCCUGUCUGUAGAACAGGUCCACAAUGUGAAGUUAUGGAAGCAAUACGCCUUUCGGAAGGAAGAGAUCAAAAAAGAAAGCGAGACCGCUGGCAUUGGGACUGUUGUGGAGAGUGAGUUGCCUCCACUCGAUUGGAUUCAGCUCGACAAAAGUGUCAACGAGGUCGUCUUGCUACACGGGACCCAUUCCGACAAGAUCGACAUGAUCACCCAGUACGGCUUCGAUCAGCGAAUGGCGCGAGAGGGCGGCCUGUACGGCCAGGGGGUCUACUUCACGGACCAGUCUUGCAAGAGUAUGCAGUACUCCGGAGCACCCGAUGGCACCUUGGGGUACUUCAUCCUGAGCAGGGUGGUCCUCGGACAUCCUCACAUUGCCACUGGGGCAAUGAAGAACGUAAAGGUGGAGCCAUUCCGCGACGACAGGGAUCCAAGCAAAGGCAGAUCAAACAGUGUCGUGGUCAACCCGGGCACUGACAAUGGAGGCGCUUACAGGGCACAAGUUCAUCGCGAGUUUGUGCUGUUCAGCAGCCACCAAGCCUAUCCUGAGCUCGUCGUGUGCUUUAAGCUACAGGCUUGA